ACCAAACGAAAGGUAUCCUUUCCAUCAGUCAUCCUUGCCAUGCUCCUGAAGAUGUUACAGAUGAGGAUCUUGUGCGUUUUGCUGUACCUCAGCAUAGUCUGGGCAGUUGAGGAGGGAAGCACUUUUGAGGACGAAGGAGGAGUUGCACGUGGCCCCAGACUGUCAGAACGUGCCCAAGCUAGCUGCAAACAUGAAAAGAGCUGGCCCUUCUGUUCGGAUGAUCAAUGGGGACAGAAAUGUCCUUCAGGCUGCAGGAUGCAGGGGCUGGUUGAUGACACCAAUAGCGAUUUUAAUCACAGACUAGACAAAAUUAGGAAAUUGCUGGAUGAUAAUGAAAACAAAUACAAAAAAUCCAAGAUAAUAACAACAGAAACAUUUAACUCCAUGAAAGGAACUCUAGUCAGUGGCCAGGAGAGUGACAGUAAAUAUGGACAAGUAAUAGAAGAUCUGAGAAGGCGCAUUGUGUCAUUAAAAACCAAAGUUAUUGCUCAAAUAGAGAGGAUUUAUGGCCUGCAAAACAGCAUACGAGAACAAGUGUUAGAAAUGAAGCGCAUGGAGGUGGAUAUUGAUAUUAAGAUACGUGCCUGCAAAGGAUCCUGUGCUAAGAGCUUUGAUUACCAUGUGGACAAGGAAAGCUAUGACAACAUCCAGAGGCAGCUCACUCAGGCCAGUUCAAUCAACUUGCAGUCUGACUUAUCAUCUAGCAUCAUCAGGGUGCUAAAAAUAAAGCCAAUGAAGGAUUCUACUGUUCUUCCGCACUUUAAAGCUGGGGAUCCCAAGGAUUGGCCAGAAUGGAACUUUUUGAAUAAGAUGCAGCAGCUUGAACUGGUGUUAGAAAGUCCAGAAACAGGCCCAAAAUUUUUCCCAGUAGAUACCUCAUAUUCUUCGUCAGUACAUAAGGGAGACGGAGAACCACAAGGUAGCAAAUUCGUGCACCCUACCUAUGGAAAGGAAACUCAUUUUGGGGAAGGAGUUAGCUCCUCUUCUACCCACUAUACAUGCACUAAAACUGUCACCAAAAAGGUUGUUGCUGGACCUGAUGGCCCUAGAGAAGAGGUUGUUGAAAAGUACACUUCAUCUGACGGUUCUGACUGCUCCCAUUUGCGAGGUUUAGGAAAGGAAGACAUAAGUGGGGGCUACAAUGUCAGAGUCACCGCAGGUGGUGGGGGAGAUGGUAUGUCAGACCUUGAUAAAGUAUUCUCAUUUUUCUCCACAGACUCUGAGUCAGAUGGUAGCAGACAUAGCAGUAGCAGUAUUGGUGGUACCAGUUCUGGCUUUAUUAACACUGGAACUGGAUCUGAGCGUGGUAGUGGUGGAAGUAGUCACUCACGGGGUGUCCAAGGCUCAGAUGCCUCUGGAGAGCUAAGGGAAGGGGAAGAAGAUUGGCAUAUAUCUGAACUCCCAUAUAGCAAAACACAGAGUGGCGUUUCAUCCGAGACAGUAGUGUCCAGCUCUACUAGCUUCAACAAGGGUGGCUCCACAUUUGAAACCAAAUCACUGAAGAGGAGGUUAGAUGGGUUUCCACACAACGAGAGCACUGAAGAUGGCCCAGAUUUUAAGUCACGCAGUUUCAAAAUGGAUACAUUCUUUUCAGGGCCAAGAACCACUGGGACAGACUGUGAGGAUAUUCGCCAGAAACACACUUCUGGUGCCAAAAGUGGCAUUUUCAGAAUCAAGCCAACAGGAUCCAAUAAGGUUUUAUCAGUUUAUUGCGACCAAGAGACCACUUUGGGAGGAUGGCUUUUGAUCCAACAGAGAAUAGAUGGAUCAGUGAAUUUUAACCAGACUUGGCAAGACUACAAGAAAGGUUUCGGCAGCGUGGAUGCCAAAGGGAAAGGAGAGCUCUGGCUGGGCAAUGAAAACAUACACUUGUUGACCCAGAAGGACACUGUCCUUCGAGUUGAAUUAGAGGACUGGGCUGGCAAUACAGUUUAUGCUGAAUAUAAUAUCCAUGUAGGCUCUGAGUCACAAGGCUAUGUCCUCAGUGUGUCCAAUUAUGAGGGGACAGCUGGGGAUGCAUUGAUCACAGGCUCAGUGGAUGAAGGUAGUGAAUAUACAUCUCAUGCCAACAUGAAGUUCAGCACCUUUGAUAGGGACAGUGACCAGUGGGAGGAGAACUGUGCAGAAGUGCAUGGAGGGGGCUGGUGGUAUAACAAUUGUCAAGCUGCCAAUCUCAAUGGUAUGUACUACCUAGGAGGCCAAUAUGAUCCAAGAAACAAUAUUCCGUAUGAGGUUGAAAAUGGAGUGGUCUGGAUACCAUUUAGAGCUUCUGAUUAUUCUCUCAAAAUCGUUAGAAUGAAAAUCAGGCCAAAUGAAACCCUGUAGGCAAGCAGGAGCAAGGCUCAAUGUUUUAUUUUAUUUUAUUUUAUAUCCCUUAAAAUAUAUGCUGUAUCUUUACCCAAUGAAGUUGAAAGCAACUGGGACACAUCUGUGGUUUAAAAAAAUAAAUAUUCUUUAAUUAUGAGCAAAA